AUGCAAAAGCCUCUGCCGUUCCCCCCGAGCAAGAGGAGUGGGAUGAGAGCGAGAGUGAGAGUGAGACUUUACUGGAGAGAGAGGCUUUCGUGGAUGGCCUGA